AUGGUGAUUUGGGUCACUCCAAACAUGAAAAUAAGAGCUGUUAAUUUGGGAGGCUGGCUAGUUACAGAAGGGUGGAUCAAACCAUCUCUCUUUGAUGGCAUACAAGACAAAGAUUUCCUGUUGUGGAGGAUCAGCGAGACCACAUUUCAGUUGAGGGUGUUCAAAAAGCAAUUCAUGGGAACUAAAAGGAAUGGGAUUGAUAUAGUUGCCGAGGAAAAGAAGCCCCGGCGAUCAGAAACGUUUGAGAUUGUGAGAGAUCCCAGCGAUUCAAGCUGUGUUAGGAUCAAAGUGCCCUGGCCUGAUGGGUGCUUUUUACAGGAGGGAAAAAUGUUUGAGUAUAAAUCUCGGGUGCACAAAAAUUGGUUAGGUGAACAAGGAGGGCUAGUGACAGCUGAUUCAAAAGGGGAUGGCAAUUGGGGAGACGAUGAUCCAUCUGUUUUCGUCAUAACUAAUGAUGGGGGCCUUUGUGGCGAGUAUCUAGUAACAAAUGGAGCACUGGAGCACAUUCAUAGUAGAAAAGACUUCAAGUUCAUAUCUGAGAAUGGAUUGAACGCAGUGAGAAUUCCUGUUGGGUGGUGGAUAGCUAGUGAUCCAACUCCUCCACUGCCUUAUGUUGGGGGAUCCUUUCAAGCCUUGGACAAUGCCUUCUUAUGGGCGCAAAAAUAUGAGAUUAAGGUUAUUAUUGUUCUGCAUGCUGCACCGGGCUCUCAAAACUGUUGGAACCACAGUUCUACUAGAGAUGGGUCUCAAGAAUGGGGAUUGUCUGACCAAAACAUACAACAAACAGUUGAAGUUAUAGACUUCCUAUCUGCCAGUGAAAGGUUUCUGCAUCUAUAG